AUGGAUAACCCUGAGUCCAAUGCAGAAGCCACAGAGGACGGCCGCCGACGGGACCAGCGCAGAAGGAGAACGUAUCAAAGCAAUCUACAACAACAUGCCAGCAAAAGACGACGUGAAGAAGAGGACUUAAUCAUGGUCAUGUACGGCAUGGGUCUUCAAGGUGCUCCAGGAAAAUUUCGACAACUCCGGACUUACCUCACUCAAUCUGAUCUACCUACCUCUACAAACUCUGCUUGGACAACAAUGAUGAAAGCACGGAAUGAUCGAGCUUACAUGACAACAAUGGGGGUGGAUGUAACGACUUUUGAAGAUAUCUUAUCUAGGUUUGAGCUGUUGUGGAACUCUGUCACACUUCCCCGAAACAAUGUCAACCCCAACGGAGAGCCACAAGUUGGCCGUCGGUCUCUCGAUGCAGCCGGUUGUCUUGGAUUAGUGUUACACUGGUUAUGCUCAACAAUGGCAGCAUACACCCUUCAGCAAAUAUUUGGAAUCACUCCAGCGGUGUGUUCUCGCUAUCUGGAUUGGGGACUCGAUUGCCUUCUUCAAGUACUCAAGAACCACCCUCAAGCUCGCAUUAUCUGGCCCUCCACCAAAGAAAGAAUUCAGCCUUAUGCAACGACAAUCAAAAAGAAAUUCCCACUUCUCGAAAAUUGCUUUGGUUUCUUGGAUGGUCUGAACUUGCCCAUUUGUGUGGCUGAGGAUGAUGAUCUUCAAAAUGCGUACUACAAUGGGUGGACUUGCUCCCAUUACUGUAGCUGCAUUAUCGCUUUCGCCCCUGAUGGUACAAUCAUGUAUGCCAUAUUGAACGCACCUGGUUCAUGGCAUGAUUCUGCUAUAGCAGUUCCUCUCUAUGAGCGACUCCUCAAUCACACCCCCAAGGGAUAUAGAAUUAUAAGCGACACAGCCUUUCCGCGCAAGAGUCAACGGCUGCAGAGACAAAUAUUGGCACCGGUCAAGCGAGGAGAUCGGCUACCUGAAACCCCCAGAUCUUUCUCGCGCAUGAAGUUACUCAACGAGGAGGUAGUAUCGGCUCGACAGGCAGCGGAGUGGGGGAUGCGCUCCUUGCAAGGCUCAUUUGCCCGCUUAAAGCUACUGAUGCCUGCGGCAGAUCACUCUCAACGAUUGCGAAUUCUUCAAGCUGUGUGCUAUUUACACCAGAUCCGCUGCCGCAUGGUUCACAUUAACCAGACAGAAACGGUGUAUGAUUCUGUGUGGGACGAACAUCAAGUUCUCUCUCGCAGAUUUCAUAACUUACUAUUCAAGGACAUCGAGAAACGAUGCCACAUCAGUCGUUACUAUCAAGGAUGGCUCUAG